GUUUAUCUAAAUAGUAAGUAUGGUACUCAAUCCUGGAAGACUAGUUCUCCAGAGGCGCAAGCAGACAAGGCACGCUAAAGGUGCCGGUAAGUGACAGGUAGACACACUUAGAAUAAGCAUGCAUGCUCAAUCAUGGUGAGACCGCGGCGUGCUCGGCUCAGCCCGGGGGUCGAGGUCGCCGGGGGUCGAGGGGCACGUCGGCGGCGUACCUGGCUCAGCCCGGGGGUCGAGGUCGCCGGGGGUCGAGAGGUACGUCGACGGCUCACUGUUCUCAAUCCUGGUAAGACUAGAUCGCCAGAGGGUGAGGUGCAAGUCCACGGCGUGCUCGGCUCAGCCCGGGGGUCGAGGUCGCCGGGGGUCGAGGGGCACGUCGGCGGCGUACCUGGCUCAGCCCGGAAAGACGAGGUCGCCGGGGGUCGAGAGGUACGCCGACGGCCCUCACUGUUAUCAAUCCUGGAAGACGAGUUCUCCAGAAGAGUCGGUAUGAUAGGUACGAGGGUGUUGACAGUUCAGCACGUCCUCACACCCGCCGAGCUCCAGACAGACGUGCCGUAGUGUGGCGGUACGUCUCGACUAUCCACUUGGGCGUGUAGGCGUCCGAGGAAGAUGUAUUUGGUGUACCCUGUCUGGUUGAAUAAGAUCAAUCCUUAGUAUGAGUAGUAUGACGAUGAUGUAUGUUCUAAGGGACGGUUGUUAGGAGAAUACCAUAUUCAUGAGCACUUAAAACCCACAGAUCACGGAGUGACAAUCAGCCGCCGUAACAUAAAAGCAAGCGAAGCAGAUCAGAGGCUCACCUGGCCCCGAGAAGGUUGGGACAGCGUGAGCGUGGAUGAGGAAUCAUCUAUAGAAAUGUCAGGUAUGUAUACCAUGCAUUCUGUUUGGUGGUCAGUAUAUAUAUUGACCACACACACACAAAUAAGUUGCCAUCCUUCUCCUUUACGGACUCGUAAAUGUACCGUAGGCGGCUAGGAGAGGGGUGGCGACAAUGGUGGUUAGUGCUGGGAUUGAACAGAUAUAGAAUCAAGGCAUAACCUAAAAUGAAUGCAAGGUAUACUAUCCUAACAUUAAACGUAUUAUUCUAAGAAAAAUAACAUGUGUGUGUCAAUAGUAACAAAAAUUGCAAGAUUUGUACUUUAAGUACACGUGCGGAAUCAUAUAAUUACAGGGUCUGGUUCAACAUCAAUUUUGGCUCAUUUAGUUAUGAAAGUUACUUCAAGAGCUCAAUAAGUGAAGACUUUUAAGAAUAAAGUAAUUUCAUUGACUGUGUAAUACGGCAGGAUAUGAGAAAAUACAUCAUGGCGUACUCUCUCGGCUAAAGGAUGGUUUACUUACUUAUAAGAUACAUUUUAUUCCCCGUAUAAGAAAAAAGGCUCAAUUGUUAUAAAUAAUGUUUAAAAAAUAAAAGUAUGAAGAUUUCAGUAUUCGUCCGAAUUUAUGAAAUUAAAAAUUCAUUAUUCAAAAAUAAAAGGUCAUGUUAUUGAACAAAGUUGCUUCAGUUGCUUCCGGGAUACGUCACGAAUACGUCUCUGAUUGGCCAAAAGCGAAACAUGGCGGCCAUCGCGCCAUCGCGGCGGCCAUAGCACGAAGUAGUGUUGCUACAGUUACAGUAAGAAGAUUACCCGAAAUGUCGGGAGAAAAUUACGACUCGAAAGGAUUAACCGGAUAACUUCAGUGAAGAGAAGAAAUUAUUUUACAAACGGAUUCGACUUGGAAGGCAGUAAUGAGAAUUUUCUUAUAAGAUGAAUGUGUAAUUAAGUCAAACGGUCAUACUGAACUGUGUAUAGAUAUAAGUCGGUAAGAAUUUUGUCUUUGUGUUCGUAAUUAUAUUGGAUUGAUUAGUAUAUAAGCUAGAAGAUCUUUUCAGGGAUAAGAAGAGAAGCACUAGCCUAUGGUAUACUGCAGGUAUAUCUUAUAAGUCUUAUAAGACAAGCGUAAAAUAAGAAGGGGCAGAGGAAUUUUCCGCUUUGAAUUUUACUUGAUACAUGUGUGUUAAACUUAAUUAGAAUUAAGAUUUUAGUAUUAAGUAUUUGUAUAAAAGUAAUAACGAUGCAUCUAAAAGGACCGAAGAAGAAACAAGUUACGGUUAGUUUAUUCGUUAAAUAUGUCAGAAAUCAGGGAGUUCUGACUAAGGCUGGCAACACUAAUUCCCGUAGAGAAUACGCUUUACUUUGAAACUUUGUUUACGGAGAAGCUGCAACAGCGCUGGUUCCCAAGAAGUUUGCAUCCAGUUUAUAGGAAGACAAAAACACGAACCGGCCUCCGUGAACCAUCACGGACUCGACACAUACCACCGGAUUAGACGAGAAAAGAGAAAAGAAAUUCCUCGGACAAGAUGGACGAGAUUCUCUUAAUCAGACUUCGAAUCACCAGUGAAAAAAUUGGUGCUGAAUUGGAAACAAUACCCAGUACGGUUCGGUCAGAAAACAUAGGACAGGCUCAGGUCGUCUAUAACAGACUGCAAGCUGCAGUGAAUAGGCUCAACGCUAAUUUAUCAGAAUACUUUCGUUUAGCUACAACUCCUGCAUCAGAUGAAAUUUUCUUGAUUAGUGGCCAGCAGCUUUUAGCAGAAGAGACUUUAGCAGAACUCAAGGCGAAGAUCGACCAAGUCACCGUAUCCCGUGAGACCCAGGAAAAGCCGCCUGAAGUGAAUUCCUCUUGUCGACUACCGAAACUCCAACUACAGGUUUAUAACGGGGAUGUGCUUUCCUGGUGCGAAUUUUGGGAUAGUUUUAGCAGCAAUAUCGACUCAAGAAACUUACCUGAUGUAGACAAGCUGUCUUAUCUUAAAACUUCAGUGACGGGUGAUGCUAAGAAAGCUAUUGAUGGCCUGCCUACCACUAACGGAAACUAUAAGAUAGCGGUCACUCUACUAAAGGAACGUUUUGGCAAGAAAGCUCAUCUGAUUGAUGCCCACUAUGCUACAUUAUACAAAAUCGAAGCGGCAAAAAGCAGCGCAGAAGAUUGUAGAAGAACUUUCAACGAGGUGGAGCGCAAUCUUAAAAUCCUAGAGUCUCUUGGCGAAAACACCAACCACAACCAUCUUCGUUUCAUGAUUUUGGAGAAAUUUCCUUCGGAUUUAAUAUACGAAAUAAAGUUGAAAAUUCAGAAUGAGUCCACACAAGAACUCCGGGAACAAUUGAAUAAAAUUAUCACUGCAAAGGAAGAUGCAGAGAGAAUUGCUGGAAGGAAACGAUCACAUGAGGUAGAUGACAGCACUGUCGGUACCCUGCAUGUGAACGCAAAGCGUGCGAAGAGAAUGCAUCAUUUCCAACAGGGAAAUAAUACCUCAAAUACUCAACAUUAUCAAGGAAGUACUAAUAGAAAAGGACUAAAUAGAAAAGGAAAAUUUCAAAGGGCCAAUGAACCCAAAAAAGGAAGCAAACCGAGCGUAUCUAAUGUUGCAACAUCUGCUAACAGAUCUGCAACUGUUAACCCAAAGGAAAAAGGGAAAAUCUUAGGUUGUAUAUUCUGCAACGGCAAACACCGCAAUUAUACGUGCCAGGACGCUUCUACUUUAGAGGAAAGAAAGAAGCGGUUGACCGGAAGAUGCUUUAUAUGCUUUAGGAAGAAUCAUCUUGUAAAGGACUGUAAGGAAAACUGGACUUGUAGACUUUGCCCAGGAAAGGAAAGGCACAACAUGGCCUUAUGCCCUUCAAAUUUUCCAAAGGAUCCCAAAACAAAGAAACAGUCUUGACUAUUUCAGAAAGAGGAAUCACCACUCUACAGACAGCUGUUGUUUAUGCUAACCCCUUAGGUGAUAAGAAUAAUGUAUUGUGUAAAUACCGUUUAAUUUUAGACCCAGGGUCUCAACGUUCUUAUGUCACAUUUCAAGCGGCCAAGGAGUUGAAGCUUCCAGUCGAAGAAGAAAGUCUCUUGACAAUUUUCACCUUCGGUGAAGAUCCUCCGAAGGAAAUACAUAGUCCUAUAGUGAUUCUACAGUUAGUAACUAGAACAAAUAAGAAGAUAGUUAUACAAGCUAACUGUGUCCAACGCAUUUCAAGAGGAUUCAUCCCAAAUGUCAAGUUACGGGGCGUACCCGAGUCUUAUGUACUGGCGGAUGAUGGUUCUGUAAGCGGACAGGUGCAGAUUCUAAUCGGAAACGACUACUACUUUAACAUUAUUUAUGAAACUAAGAUACAACUAGAUAGUAACUUGUUUCUAGUGGAUUCUGCCCUUGGAUGGAUAGUCAGUGGCAAGACGGAACCACAGCUUGAAGAGGAAUCAUAUGUAGUGACUUAUGCUCAAACUUGUAUUGAAACGAAGCUUCAUCAACCAGAUUCACCUCUUUGUGAUGGAGACAUUAAAAACCUUUGGGAAUUGGAAUGUAUAGGAAUUUGUGAUUCACCUAAAGCAACAAGAGAAGAAGAAGCUAUUAAAAAUUUUAAUGAAACUACAGUAAAAAUUAACAAUAGAUACACGGUAAGCUGGCCAUGGAUAACUUAUCCGCCUGACUUACCUAAUAACUUUGGAAUCGCCUUUGGGCGUCUGUCAAGUUUACUGAAGCGCAUGGACCAAGAAACCUUAAUGUCAUACGACGAUACAUUUAAACAACAAUUAGCUAAGGGUAUAAUAGAAGUCGUACCCACAUCAGGAACGUCAACUGGUAACGCUAUUCACUACCUACCCUUCCAUGGAGUACGUCAUCGAGGAAAACCUAUGCGAAUCGUGUAUGAUGCUAGUUCCAAGAGUAACAAGAACACCAAGAGUCUGAACGAGUGCUUAUACAGAGGACCACUCAUGCUUGAAGACCUUACAGGGUUACUCAUCAAAUUCAGGACACAUCACAUAGGAUUGACGUCCGACAUAGAAAAGGCGUUUUUACAGAUGGCAUUACACGAGAA